AUGCCAAAGUCCAAGCUGGCUGAUUACCGCUAUGGCCGUGAGGAGAUGCUAGCACUUUAUAUCAAAGAUAACAAGGUGAGCGUAUGUACAGUAAUGAGUGAUUCACUCUUUAAUGAAGAUUCCAAACAGGUGUUUAUAUUAAAUAUUGAUGGUGUUACGAACCCCGUGGCUUUAAAUGUCUAGGGUGGAUGGAGAAGAGACCCGUAACAUAAAUCAUGCAAAUUAGAAUCGUGACAUGGAACAGGGAGAACAAAAACUACACGACAACCAUAAACUACCGUCAAACAUUAAAUGUUUAUUUGUGAACACACGGUAAAGGUUUGGGAAAAAGGGCUGAGCAGGACCCAAGAAAUGAAACAAUAGUGUAAAACACCCCUAAACUGAUCUUGCCUGCCUCAAGAACCGCUAAACUACUGCUAAUCAUACAAAAAUACAGUGGGUGGUCCGCUCAGGUCUAACUAGUGUUUAUAGACAGUUUUCUUUCUACGGGUAAUGUAUGCCCAAGGGCAGCUUGCUUAACUUCCCCUUUUCCCAGAAACACACAAAGUUACCAAACAGAGUAACCAGCAAAUUAGUGAGUACACAAAACACAGGACACCACAGUAUCCAUACUCGCAUACGGAAAAUAGUCUUCUAACAACAAACACAACUGACCGGCUUUUAAACAAUGGGAUGUGUGAUUGAAAAACCAGAAACAGGUGGUGCAAUGCAGAGGAAUGUCCACUGAUUGGUCCACCUCAGCAAUCAGCAGACACCCCAAUGACCACCAAUCAGGAACAUACAGGACACCUGUGAUUAGGGCAGAAGGAGAGGAAAAACACAAAAAGACACAGAUACCUGUAUCCGUAACAGAUGGCUAUGAUUAAUGGAUAUGAGCAAGGGCUGCGACGAUACUAGUAUCGCAAUUAUUGUUUUCCAUGGCAAAAAGGAAAAUGCAAAGCAGACAACUCUUUGGUUCUUUAAAAACCUGCUGUAUGCGAAAUAUUGUGUGCUUUAACUUGGAAAAUAAAUAAAUGUGACUCUGGAUGACCACGUUUCUUUCCAACAUUAGGGCUGUUUUCUUGAAGUUAACUCUGCUUCGUGUUUUGUUUACUUGCCACGAUACUAACGAGUAUCGCGAUACUGGUAUUGUCCCGGUCCUAGUAUGAAGUAAAGCAAACUGUGUUCUCAGCCCCCAGAGGACAUGCAGGAUAAGGAGUUUGCUGCUAUCCUGCAGGAUGAGCCUGUGCAGCCUUUGGCCCUGGAGCCUCUAACUGAAGAGGAGCAGGUGAGACUGCAGGAGAUAUAGGAGCUGUUAGUGAGUCAGAGGUUCACUGCUCUGAUGAACUGAGAAGAAUUUGGCCAGGGUCAACUCUCUCAAAUCUUAGCUCUUAGCUGCUACUUUUACCCACAAUGUGCUGAUGAGAUCCUGCUUCAGUGUAGGUUGACAAAAUGUCAUUCUGUUAACGUCAUGCUCCCACCUGCCUUUUGUCCUGCAGAGAAACUUCUCCAUGUCUGUGAACAGUGUGGCUGUGCUGAGGCUGAUGGGAAAGGGAGGCGGGGCCGCCCCUGUAGGCGUGGCUAGGGGCCGUGGAGGAGGCAUCAGAGGAGGUAGAGGUCAGUUAGUCACCACCUGGAGUGAUCAGGACGGUGCAACUCUACACAUAGAAAUGUAUUCACUAGCCAGCAGAUCAGACCCGCUUGCUUACAGCUGCACUAGGGUCAGACAGGCUUCCUGUGUAGAUUAAGUCUCCGCGGAGCCGGUGCGAGAUAUGGCUGGGAAAACACACCUCGGUCAGUGUUGAGAAAUGCGUUGUACUCCGAAUUGUCCCAUUAAUCCCAACUCUUACACCAAGAUUGAACGAUUGCCCUUUUCGUUCUGUAGCAGAAGCCACAGCAGUCAUUUUGGAAUGGCAGUGUCAGCCAAUCAGCUCUUUUGUUGUUCAAUGCGACUUGCCAUUGCAUAAUGGCUGCUGCUAACUAGCAUGAGGACGAAAAGGGCAGUUUAUUUAAAAACUAGCAGUCGUUCAAACUUCAGUGUAACAGUUGGGAUAAUGGGACAACUUGGAGUACAGCGCAUUUCUCAUUCCUGGAUUGAGGUACGUUCUCUGCACCAUAUCUCACGCCGGCUCCGCUGUUUCUUAAUCUACACAGGAAGCCUGUCCGACCCUAGUGGAGCUGUAAGCAAGCGGGUUGAAUCUGCUGGCUAUGUAUUCACCUGCUGAAUAGGCCCUAGAAUGGAUGUAUGAUGUGUUUGUGCAGGGAGAGGGAGAGGUGAUGGUGCAUUCUACCAAAGAGCUCCUGGAGGUCCUGAUGAAGGAGAGGUGGGCUUCGGUCGUGGCCGAGAAAUGCUCCGCAGCCAAAGCUGGGAUGACCGGUAGGCUCACUGUCCUAAACCAUGUUGCUUUCAUUUUCCUAAACUACGCUGCCCUCACCCCCAGAUGGUUAUCAUUCAAUCAUAUUGAUGGUUAUUGUGUAUAUUUAGGUUAGUUUUCCAUGUUCUAGACUGAAGGUCUUAAACUAUCCCGUUAACUAUGGGCUUUCCUUCUGUCAGAGCUGAGAGGCCAAGGUUUGAGAAGGCAAUCAGGUGUGCUGAAGUAGUGCGGCCAGGGUUUGAAGAGGCGGGGCCUCUGGGCAGGAAGGACUCCUGGCGUGCCGACAGCGACAACUGGCGUACCCUCCGAGAGGAGGAGGAAGAGGCAGCAGCAGGAGGAGGAGGAGGAGGAGGAGAGCAGCCAGCCUGGAGAGUUGCAGGAGCCCGCCGUGAUGGUACAUGCACACAUAACCACUCAUACCCAGAAUACAUUUGUGCAUGUUUCACCAUGUCUGAUGGACACUCCCUCAACAACACAGAUGGGGGUCCUCGUUCUGCAGGCUGGCGUGAUCAUGGUGGCCGGCGGAAGUUUGAGUUUGACUUCCGUGACGGCGAGGCCCCCCGCAGGGAGUCGAACAAGGACGGCCUUCCUGAGUGGUGCACCGACGAGGAGGAUGGAGAGAUGGGCACAUUUGACUCCUCUGGGGCCUUCAUGUGCAUCAAGGUGUGUGUGUCUGUUGGCUGGCUGUCAGAUCUGUCUGUAUUCGUCAAAGUGUGUGUAUUUGCAUGUUAUUUGUACGUCUAUUCUGAGCCCCUCAUGCUUGUCCAAGCAGAAAGGCUCUAAGGACACCAUCACUGAAGAGGAUCUGGAGUUUGAAGCUCUGGAAGAAGAGGAGGAGAAUGGUCAGGGAGGCAAGGACAACUACGCUGACAGAGGUGAGACUUGAUGCUUUCCCUGGCUUUAGUAAAACAACUAACAGAAUAACUUUUAAUCAGCAUGUAUAGAAGAGCCCUUCUCCCUCUACUCAUUUCCUUCUAGAUGAAUGUGAAGCAGCAGGUGAGGGAGAGGAUAAGUACAAGACGACGACUCCUCCCUCCUCAGACCCUCUUCCUGCCCCUUGCGCCACAGAGGCACCCAUCUCCCACCCCUCCAAAACGAACCACGUGCCCGCUGAAGGUAAAUACUGAAUUACUGAUGUUGUGCAUCUUCACUGUGUGUGGUGUGGGCAUCAGUUGGUAUCUGCUCCAGAGGAUGUUUCACCUGUAUGAUCAGUAGUGGCCCUAUUACAGUAGUACUUGCCUCAUCCUCUCUACCCCUGUUCUCUCUGUGGUCUCACAGGCAGCUCACUUCCAGGGAGUGGUGAUCAGCUCAGCCCAGACCCCUCCUCCACUACUACCUCCAGCCUGAUGCCUCCUCCCUCCUUCGGAUCUCUCCUCCCCUCAACAGGGGGAGAAGCAGAGGAGGACGAGGGCAUGAAGCACCUGCAACAGGUACGAGGCGGGUUGCAUUAUCCUGUCAAUUAGAUUUGACGUUCAAUACUGGAUUUAUUGUCAGGCUUACGAUUCCGCUUGUAUACUGGGUGAAUGUGUGUUAUGUAAAUGUUCAUAUUUGUAUUCUCCCUUUGCCUCCCUUGUAGGAGGCUGAAAAGAUGGUGGCCUCUCUGCAGGACACGUCCCUUGAGGAGGAGUGUUUCACUCAAGCACUACAGGAGAGUCACACCAUCACCUCUCACACACACCCAGCCCCACACUCACAAGCGCACACCGCUGGACACUCCCACUCGGCCCACAGUGCCCUGCCACUCUCCCACGAGGCAGCCAUGAAGUGGUUCUACAAGGACCCCCAGGCAGAGAUCCAAGGUAGACACACAUACCUUUUCAGAUAUCCACAUGCGUACGCACACAUUCACAAUGAUUUUUAACGUUUAUAUACACUACCGGUCAAAAGUUUUAGAACACCUACUCAUUCAAGGGUUUUUCUUUAUUUUUACUAUUUUCCACAAUCCCCCGACCUCAACCAAAUUGAGAUGGUUUGGGAUGAGUCGGACUGCAGAGUGAAGGAAAAGCAGCCAACAAGUGCUCAGCAUAUGUGGGAACUCCUUCAAGACUGUUGGAAAAGCAUUCCAGGUGAAGCUGGUUGAGAGAAUGCCAAGAGUGUGCAAAGCUGUCAUCAAGGCAAUGGGUGGCUAUUUGAAGAAUCUUCAACACUUUUGGUUACUACAUGAUUCCAUAUGUGUUAUUUCAUAGUUUUGAUGUCUUCACUAUUAUUCUACAAUGUAGAAAAUAGUUUUUAAAAAAGGUCAAGAAAAACUGGAAUGAAUAGGUGUUCUAAAACCUUUGACCGGUAGUGUACAUGUAUCAAUACUAGUUGCUUAUAAUACCUCAAAGAUACGUAAUCAUAUCUUGUCUUCCUUCUCUCCCUCCCCCCGGUCCAGGUCCCUUCUCCACGGUGGAGAUGUGUGAGUGGUUCCAGGCAGGUUACUUCACCAUGACCCUGCUGGUAAAGAGGGGUUGUGAUGAGGGCUUCCAGGCCCUGGGUGACGUCAUCAAGAUGUGGGGGCGCGUUCCCUUCUCCCCCGGCCCCUCCCCCCCACCCCUGCUGGUGAGACAGCCCCCACCACCUCGGGGGUCCUCUGUGAGUCAACGAGUGUUGUUUGUUUCUGUUCACUGGUCUGUGUGUGUGGUUAGUUUUUCGGGUAAUCCAAGUACCGCAAAGGCACAGAGAUACUUGACUGUGGUAAACAUAUUUUCUGUGAGUGUUAAAGCAGGGUACUUCAGUGGUCUAGGCAAAAUAAUGUGUUUUACUGAGUGUUGUCUCUUGUAGCUGUAUCAUCAUGUGUCUAUCAGAGCAGAGAAUCUCUAGCAUAGUGGUGUAUUUGGUGUGCUUGGGUGUUGUCUGAAGCAUUGGUAUAGUCGGUAUGGUAACCCUGUAGGUCACGUUAUUCUCUAGGGCAAUAUGGACCAGGAGCUUCUGAAGAAACAGUUAGAGCAGGCAGCCACUGCAGCUCUAUACCAGCAACUACAGAUGAGGUUCCAGCACAUGAACAGGUAGGCACACACACACACGUGAUGUAUGUGAUGGUAUUUGUGAGUGUACUAAUGUGUGUCUAUUUGCAGGAGUGGAGAUUCUAGCAUGAUGCCCUCGAUGAACAGGUCAAUGUCAGUACCAGAUAAUGGGUCCAUGUGGGACAUGCAUACCUCUGCCUCCCAGCAGUCAGGUACUGAAGAGGAACACGCUGCAUUUUCUCUGCUUCACGUACACCUUUAUAUAAGCACACUUUAUACAGAUGCGGUCAAAUACACUGCUCAAAAAAAUAAAGGGAACACUUAAACAACACAAUGUAACUCCAAGUCAAUCACACUUCUGUGAAAUCAAACUGUCCACUUAGGAAGCAACACUGAUUGACAAUCCAUUUCACAUGCUGUUGUGCAAAUGGAAUAGACAACAGGUGGAAAUUAUAGGCAAUUAGCAAGACACCCCCAAUAAAGAAGUGGUUCUGCAGGUGGUGACCACAGACCACUUCUCAGUUCCUAUGCUUCCUGGCUGAUGUUUUGGUCACUUUUGAAUGCUGGCGGUGCUUUCACUCUAGUGGUAGCAUGAGACGGAGUCUACAACCCACACAAGUGGCUCAAGUAGUGCAGCUCAUCCAGGAUGGCACAUCAAUGUGAGCUGUGGCAAGAAGGUUUGCUGUGUCUGUCAGCAUAGUGUCCAGAGCAUGGAGGCGCUACCAGGAGACAGGCCAGUACAUCAGGAGACGUGGAGGAGGCCGUAGGAGGGCAACAACCCAGCAGCAGGACUGCUACCUCCGCCUUUGUGCAAGGAGGAGCAGGAGGAGCACUGCCAGAGCCCUGCAAAAUGACCUCCAGCAAGCCACAAAUGUGCAUGUGUCUGCUCAAACGGUCAGAAACAGACUCAAUGAGGGUGGUAUGAGGGCCCGACGUCCACAGGUGGGGGUUGUGCUUACAGCCCAACACCGUGCAGGACGUUUGGCAUUUGCCAGAGAACACCAAGAUUGGCAAAUUCGCCACUGGCGCCCUGUGCUCUUCACAGAUGAAAGCAGGUUCACACUGAGCACAUGUGACAGACGUGACAGAGUCUGGGGACGCCGUGGAGAACAUUCUGCUGCCUGCAACAUCCUCCAGCAUGACCGGUUUGGCGGUGGGUCAGUCAUGGUGUGGGGUGGCAUUUAUUUGGGGGGCCGCACAGCCCUCCAUGUGCUCGCCAGAGGUAGCCUGACUGCCAUUAGGUACCGAGAUGAGAUCCUCAGACCCCUUGUGAGACCAUAUGCUGGUGCGGUUGGCCCUGGGUUCCUCCUAAUGCAAGACAAUGCUAGACCUCAUGUGGCUGGAGUGUGUCAGCAGUUCCUGCAAGAUGAAGGCAUUGAUGCUAUGGACUGGCCUGCCCGUUCCCCAGACCUGAAUCCAAUUGAGCACAUCUGGGACAUCAUGUCUCGCUCCAUCCACCAACGCCACGUUGCACCACAGACUGUCCAGGAGUUGGCGGAUGCUUUAGUCCAGGUCUGGGAGGAGAUCCCUCAGGAGACAAUCCGCCACCUCAUCAGGAGCAUGCCCAGGCGUUGUAGGGAGGUCAUACAGGCACGUGGAGGCCACACACACUACUGAGCCUCAUUUUGACUUGUUUUCAGGACAUUACAUCAAAGUUGGAUCAGCCUGUAGUGUGGUUUUCCACUUUAACUUUGAGGGUGACUCCAAAUCCAGACCUCCAUGGGUUGAUAAAUUUGAUUUUCAUUGAUAAUUUUUGUGUGAUUUUGUUGUCAGCACAUUCAACUAUGUAAAGAAAAAAGUAUUUAAUAAGAUUAUUUCAUUCAUUCAGAUCUAGGAUGUGUUAUUUUAGUGUUCCCUUUAUUUUUUUGAGCAGUGUAUAUUGGCCCCCAUGCAGGAUUUGCUUUUUCCUCUAAAAUAAGUUUGAAUUGAACAAAUAUGUGUAAACACAUAUUUGAUUUACAACUGCACAGGACAACAACAAUAAAAAUCUAAACUGAAAUGAGGAUUUUUCUUCAAAAAGGGCCUUGACUAAAUUUAUAAAAAAUUAUAUUUAAUUUUGUUGGAGGCAAGUGAUUCACAGCAAGUGUAGUUUAUCCUGCUUGUGGUCAUUUGCAGAUGCUUACAGGGUAAAAAUAACCAUUCAACCAGUUUUGAAAAUAUAAUAUUCUGCUCCAAACGCACUCUCAUUGUAAAGUGCAAGGGUGCCAAAAUAUUUGACCUAAUCUGUAUAAGCAAGCAACUUUUUUUUAUUCUUUCAUAUCUGCCCACACUGAUACACCUCAGCUAUACAUAUUUUAAUUCACGCAGAUGUCCUUGUACACAUUGACAUUGUAUGUCAGUAACGUGUUUCUGGCCCAUUCUUCUAGGCGGUGAGGCCAACCUAUGGGACUUAACCAUGAGUCAUUCCACUCAGGGGCCAACCCUGGAGCAGCUACAGAAGGUAAUAUCUUUGUUUUGUUUUCUCUCGAUCUCCCCACUUGUCUCUCUCUCUCUCUGAGACACUCUCUCUCCGUUUGUCCGCUGUACCCCAGCUCCAGGACCGGCGUGAAGCUGAACUCAGGGCCAAGCGAGAGGAGGAGGAGCGGAAGCGGCGGGAGGAGAAGAGGAGGCAGCAGCAGGAGGAACAGAAGAGGCGUGAGGAGGAGGAGCUGUACAGGCGUAAGCAGCAGUGUCGGCAGCAGCAGGAGCUGAUCAUGAAGCUGCUGCAGCAGGCCCAGCCCGGGGGCUCAGGGUGUGGCUCUGGCUCCGGGUCAGGGUGGAGCGUCCCCCAGGCCUCGGCCCUCUCCAAGCAAGGCAAGAGCCUCAGCAUGCUGGAGCUGGAGACCGAGAGGCUGCUCAAACAGCAGGCACAGCACCAGAGGGCCCAGCAGCAGAGAGACAGGGUGAGGAGAGACACACAACCCCAAGAUCUUCAAACGGCCUGUCCCGUCAUGUCUAUUCCAUUUCAAAGCAGGAAGGUUUUGUGUAACUGUAGGAGUUUCCUGAGAAGAAAUGUGUGUUCUGAGAAUAUUUAUUACAAUGCCCAUAUGAAUGAAUUACAUUUUAUUUUUGUGUAAAAUUGCCUGUUGGCAAACCCAUCCCUUAUGGGAUUAUUUGACACACAAACAAACAUUACAAUAAUUCACUGAUCAUUCAGUAAUAAUUAUUCUGGUGUUCUUUGCAGUGAAAACUGUAGUGUGACCCAUGUUCCUCUGUUCUCUCUAUCUCCCCCAGCAUGGAGGCCUGUCUAUGGGCCAGUGGGGUGAGGGGUCUGUGGGCAUGUGGUCUGGUGGGGGCAUGGAGCCCAAAGGCAGCUCUGGAGGGAUGGGUGUCUGGGAGGAGGCUGUGAAGAACCAAAACAGCCUCCGCAACAUGGGCAUGAAGAACAGCCGCAGCAGUCCAUCUCUCAGGUACACCUCCCUGUGUGUGCGUACGCUCACACUGUGUGCAUGUAAACCUCUGUUUAAAGCUGCGUGUUAACAUUUUGUGUGUAUGUAAACUGUUUGAAGGCCUGUGUUUCUGUAUGUGUGUAAUGGUUGUUUCCGUGUCCCCUGCAGUGAGCAGUACAUGCUGAGGAGGAAGCGUACAGAGGACGAGGACAAGCUGCUGAAAUUGCUGCAGGGCAUGAAGCCCCAGGAUGGCUUCACCACCUGGUGUGAACAGAUGCUGCAUGUGCUCAAUACCUCCGCUAACAACUCCUCCUCCUCACUGGACGGUAACAAACGCUCUCCCUCCUUCCCUACAUCACUGGAAAUGUCUCCCUGCGUCCGGCCCAAUGAAUAUUCUCAAAUAUGAAACGUCAUCACUCACCUUCACACCUACACAAACACCUCCUUAGUUGCCAGACUCCCUGGCUCUAGCGCUUGACCAUUAUUCUCUUUAUUCUUUCUUUAUUAAGUGAAAAUAUCUGUUGUCGUCCUCUGAGCAGUGGCCACCAUCGUGGCCUACCUGAAGGAGGUGGAGUCUCCCUACGAGGUCCAUGACUUUAUCCGCUCCUACCUGGGCGACACCGUGGAAGCCAAAGAGUUUGCCAAGCAGUUCCUGGAGCGCCGUGCCAAACAGAAAGCCAACCACCAGAGACAACAGCAGCAGCAGCAACAACAACAACAGGUGUGUGUUGUAUGUAUACUGAACACAAAUAUAAAGGCAACAUGUAAAGUGUUGGUCCCAUGUUUCAUGAGUUGAAAUAAAACAUCACAGAAAUGUUCCAUAUGCACAAAAAGCUUAUUUCUCUCAAAUGUACACAUUUGUUUACAUCCCUGUUAGUAAGCAUUUCUCAUUUGCCAAGAUAAGCCAUCCAUUUGACAGGUGUGGUAUAUCAAGAAGCUGGUUAAAAAGCUUGAUCAUUACAUUUUACAUUUUACAUUUUAGUCAUUUAGCAGACGCUCUUAUCCAGAGCGACUUACAGGAGCAAUUAGGGUUAAGUGCCUUGCUCAAGGGCACAUUUACGUCAUUUAGCAGACGCUCUUAUCCAGAGCGACUACAAAUUACACAGGUGCACCUUGUGCUGGGGACAAAAGGCCACUCCAAAAUGUGCAGUUUUGUGUCACAACACAAUGCCACAGACAUCUCAAGUUUUGAGGGAGCAUGCAAUUGGCAUGCUGACUGCAGGAAUGUCCACCAUAGCUGUUGCCAGAGAAUGUAAUGUUCAUUCCUCUACCAUAAGCCACCUUCGGCAGUCCAACUCGCCUCACAACCACAGACCAUGUGUAACCACGCCAGCCCAGGACCCCCACAUCCGUUUUCGUCACGUGCGGGAUCGUCUGAGACCAGUCACUCAGACAGCUGAUGAAACUGUGGGUUUGCACAACCGAUGAAUUUCUGCCUAACUUUCAGAAACCAUCUCAGGGACGCUCAUCUGCUUGCUCGUCGUCCUCACCAGGGUCUUGACCUGACUGCGGUUCUGUGUCGUAACCAACUUCAGUGCGCAAAUGCUCACCUUCGAUGGCCACUGGCACGCUGGAGAAGUGUGCUCUUCACGGAUGAAUCCCGGUUUCAACUGUACUCAGCAGAUGGCAGACCACGUGUAUGGCGUCGUGUGGGUGAGCGGUUUGCUGAUGUCAACGUUGUGAACAGAGUGCCCCAUGGUGGCGGUGGGGUUAUGGUAUGGGCAGGCAUAAGCUAUGGACAACAAAAACAAUUCCAUUUUAUCAAUGGCAAUUUCAAUGCACAGAGAUAACGUGACGAGAUCCUGAGGCCCAUUGUCGUGCCAUUCAUCCACUGUCAUCACCUCAUGUUUCAGCAUGGUGAUGCACGGCCCCAUGUCGCAAGGAUCUGAACACAAUUCCUGGAAGCUGAAAAUGUCCCAGUUCUUCCAUGGCCUGCGUAUACUCACCAGACAUGUCACCCAUUGAGCAUGUUUGGGAUGCUCUGGAUCGACGUGUACAACACUGUUCCAGUUCCUGCCAAUAUCCAGCAAUUUCUCACAGCCAUUGAAGAGGAGUAAGACAACGUUCCACAAUCAACAGCCUGAUCAAUUCUAUGCGAAGGAGAUGUCAUGCUGCUUGAGGCAAAUGGUGUUAACACCAGUAAAAAAAAAAAAGGUAUCUGUGACACAAAACUGCACAUUUUGGAGUGGCCUUUUGUCCUCCUGAGUGGCGCAGUGGUCUAAGGCACUGCAUCGCAGUGCUAGCUGUGCCACUAGAGAUCCUGGUUCGAAUCCAGCCUCUGUCGUAGCCGGCCGCGACCGGGAGACCCAUGGGGCGGCGCACAAUUGGCCCAGCGUCGUCCAGGGUAGGGGAGGGAAUGGCCGGCAGGGAUGUAGCUCAGUUGGUAGAGCAUGGCAUAUGCAACGCCAGGGUUGUGGGUUCGAUUCCAGUAUAAAAAAAUAAAAAAUAAAAUGUAUGCACUCACUAACUGUAAGUCGCUCUGGAUAAGAGCGUCUGCUAAAUGACUAAAAUGUAAAUGUAUAUGUUUAUUCCCAGUCAUGUGAAAUCCAUAGAUUAGGGCCUCAUUUAUUUAUUUCAAUUGACUGAUUUCCUUAUAUGAACUGUAACUCAGUAAUAUCUUUGAAAUUGUUGCAUUUAUAUUUUGUUCAGUGUGUGUGUGUGUGUGUGUGUAUGUAGCUGCGUGGGUGUAGAAGACCUUAUCAGUAACCAACAUCCCUCUCCCUCACCAGCUAUCAAAAGAAGUUGCAGGGCUGUCCAUUAACAACUUUCCUAUCCAGGUAGGCUCUGUCCUCAGUUCAUGACCAUUUAGUCAUCCAACAUGUAUUUGCUUUCUUGAUAAAUCACAUCUAUACUCUUCUCAUGCUAUAGACCACAUAUUGGAAUUAGCAAAUCCCUAUUACGGUGUCCUCUCCCUAUGUAGUCCAUGUUCCAGGCAGCCCAGAUGGGGAAGGGAGGAAUGUAUGACAGCCAGGCUGCAAAGAUGAAGAAGAAACAGACCAUGAUGCUUCACUCCGACCCUAGCAUCUUAGGUAUGUGGACACACAGUCAAUAAUAAUAAUAAUAAUAAUCGGGUGCACAUAACUGGUACGCAAGCGCGACAAAAAUCAGGAAAGCGUAAUGCCACUUGUGUUACUACGCGCCUUUGCGUACUUGACCGAUCUUCUCAUCGAACCUUACACAUGACAUGUUGCUUGUCAACUACUGUCAGGGAUGUCCAAAAAGCAACAGACAUUAUGCAGCUUCUUUGGCGUUUCGCCACCUACAAAGAAACGCCAACUGGAGCCAGAGCCGAAGAAAAUACUUUUUUCGGAAAAGUGGCUCCAAGAUGUGCAGUGGCUUGAAGCUAACAAUGAGCGCACUGAAAUGUGGUGCAAGAUUUGCCGCUCAAAUCCACAUCUAGCAGACAAAACGGGUGCAUUUUAUAAAGGCUCAAAUAAUUUCAACCAUCCUUUAUUUGACAAACAUGAAAAGAGCAAGGAGCACACGAAUGUGGCGCAAGCCAUUGCUAAGCUAGCCGAGAAUAAAUGUCCAGUCGCCCACUUGCCAGAUGGCGAGACAAGCUGAAUGAAGAACAGCGGCAAGCUCUGUUUAAUAUUUAUCUCCUCGCCUUCCAUAAAGCUAAACACGCACGUCCCAUGUCUUCCUAUUCUGAGGAUGUUCCUUUACUGAAGCGGCUAGGAGUAAAUGUCGGAGGUGCAUAUCAUUCAGGUGAAGGGGGCACACGGAUCAUGCAGAGCAUCGCUCACACCAUCAUCGGGGAGUUACGAGCCAAGUUGCAGUCUGCUGAAUUUUGGGGGCUGCUUUUUGAUGGAUCUGAGGACAUCACAAAAACUGAGCAGGAAAUCAUUUACAUUGUGUCUGUGUCCAGCAACGGAGAGUUUACUUUGGACUUUAUUGGACUGAUUGAAUUGGGUGCUGACCGAACCGCGCAGGCCAUAACAGACGGAUUUGUGAGACUUUUCCAGGACACAGGCUUGGAUGACUGGACAACAAAGUUGGUCGCUGUGUGCACAGACGGGGCUGCUGUCAAUCUACAACGGCGUUGUGCCAAAACUCUGGCAACUUGCUGCAGUUGGAGACUCCCUUGUGCACAUUCUGUGCACCGCACACACACUGGAGAAUUGCGCGAAAUCAGCUGAUCGCAACGUUCCUUACUGUGAGACAUUUAAUCGCUCUGUGGUCAAGCUGCUGCAGUUUUAUUUACAAAAAGGUGGAGCAAAAAAAACUGCUGCACUGAAUAAGCUAUGUGAAGAAAAUGGGAUCUCCUUUGUGAAACUGGGUAAGUUUCAUAAUAUCAGAUGGUCUGCAUGGAGGCAUGGAACACUGUUAAAAAUAUCAAGACUAUUGCCAGCCAUUAAAAUGCAACUGGUUACGAGUGAUAACAGUGACUUGCAGCAUAUCUGCACAGAGCGUUUUCAGUGCUUUCUGUCAAACAUGCUUGACAUUUGCAACAUUUUGAAGACCACAUCCAUUAGGUUUCAGAAGGAAAAGCUGACCAUUGAACUCAUGGUGGCCAUUGGACAGUUCACACUUCUGCUUGAUGGUGAAAGCCACAGGGCACACACUGUUUCCAAUGCUGAUGCUGACAGAGACAAGACACACUUACUCAGGGGGUUAAUUGAAGAGUUUGAAAUCAGAUAUGACUCCCUCAAGUCAUGUGAUCAUUUCUUACUAUUUGAUCCUUCAACAUGGCCUCAGUAAAUGCAAGACCUCCACAGUUUUGGAAACACAACAGUUUGCAGCAUUCUCAAGAAAUAUGAGGCCACCUUGCAACUUGACAAAGAUACCACUGUGACAGAAUGGAUGCGCUUAAAGCAGGCAGGAAAACGCUUGGGAGCCUCUUCUGUGUAUGACUUGGUCCAAAUAGUAAAUACAAGUAACCCAGAUGCUUACUCCAAAAUCAACAAGGUGGUUAAGCUGUCUCUUACACUGCCUUUAAGCAGUGCAGCUUGGGAGAGGGGAUUCUCACAUCUCAACAUAAUAAAAACCAAGUACAGAUCUCGUCUGUCACAUGCUCGUCUCUCAGCCCUGAUGCACAUUCACCUGUCAAAGCAGACCACAGAGACAUUUGACCCAUAGACAGUGAGCUCAACCAGACAGGGAGGUGCCUCUCAGCUCUCAUUACCAUGAAUAAUACACUAAGAGACAUGCAGUGAGGACAGUGAAGACUAUUAUUAGAAAUGCCGACACCUCUCUCUGUAGCCAAGUAAAAAGUUUGGAUAAUAUAGUGCAACUUUAAGUUCCGCAGUAAAGGGAACGUAUUGAGUGAGUAUUGUGGCAUUGAUUGUUUGUAUAUACAGGUAGUAGAAUCAAUAUUAGUUGUGGAUAUAGAGAUGAACCAUGGUGUUUCUCCUGCAGGAUAUUCGUUCCUGGGCGCCGGGGACAGGAUGAACCUGGGCGAGAUGGAAAGAGUGGAGGAUUAUUGAGCCACAGCAUCUACCUGAAUCCACCUGAGGCCUUACCUGGAUUACAACACACACUGACACACACACAAACACUCACCUACACGCACACAGACAAUGACGAAUGUGCACUGCUGAGCUACUUUGCCCCCUCAUAGAUGAGGACCUGGUAAAGUAGUGUUUUCUCCCUCAUCUCUGUGUGAG